AUCUGCAGCGGUCCGGCUCAGGGCUCAACUCGUCUCCGUACAGACCUGUUAAAACUGAAAUAAAAUCCUCCUGUCGGUUUCACGUACACCGUAGACUGUAAUCCACCGUUCCUUAGAGGUAUUUGCGUUUUUCUUUGAACCGGAAGACCUAAAAGAAAUCAAAGUUCGCAAGGAGGUGACAUCUGGCUGCUCCACACCUGACUUCAUUGAAUGAGGUUUAACACCAAUUAGCAUUUGUUUUGGUUCGAUAGCCAUACAAUAUCAAACACACCCUACUGUCAGUCAGAAGCAGCUGGACACAUACUCUUAUAAAUCUGCAGGUUAACGGUGACGAGCUGGCGCAGGUCGUGGGUUGUCCGUGGAUAAUGCGAGACAGUGGCGGUAGCCUGGCCCAGAACUGCUGGCAGGGAGACCUGGGUCUGACCGCAGUGGGACAGGACGACACAGGAGGAGGUGGGAUUCCUGGAGACCACCUCAUCGUCCCAGUGUCAGGCCACAGCGUGCCCAGCUCCAUGCACCUCAGGCUGGGGCAGAAAGAGAAAGUGUGGACCCGCGAGUAUGUAGAUAAGGAGGAGGAUGACGGGAUGGGAGGGAUUGAGGCGAUAGGUGACGACGACGACGAAGAAGAAAACAAUCUGGACGGGGAGGACAAGGGCGAGUUUUCAGGCAAGGAUUGGGAUAACAAUGAGGAGGAAGACGAGGACGAGGAGGAAGAGGAGGAGGAGGUGGAAGAGGAAGGAGACCAAGCAGAAGUGGAGUGGGAGAUCCCAGACUUUCCCUUCCAGUCCACCCAUCAGCCUCAUUCACAACCACAUCCACAUUAUGGACCACAGCAGAAGGCAGAAGACGGUGGUGAUGUCACUGUAGAGGAUUCCCUCUCCCAGGCUGAGGCCGGGGACCUGUUCAGGUCCCACCUGAGCCGGUACAGGGCUCUGAGGAGGCUCCGGCGCUGGCAGCGUUUGCGAUCCCACGGAGGCCUCGGAUUUCGGCUCACUCAGCACUGGAAGAGCUGGCGCCAGCGGGCCCAGUGGGUGUGCUUCCUCGGGCACCGGUGGAGCCGGAGAGGGCAAAGGUACAAUCUGUACGGCAAGCAGAGGAGGAUAAAAAGGUAUCAGCAGUCACCAUACACCGACGGAGAGGACGACAGCACCGAUGAGAGGUUCACGGAGUCUGACAGAGAUAAGAAGAUAAAUGGCUGUCCUCCAGAGAAGCAGGAGGACAGAGGGAGACGGGAAGUGGAUGUGAAACCAGUGGAACUGUCUCUUACGCUUACUGAAGAACACAUGAGCUGUGUGACUGGUAUCCUGGAAGAGUCUCUACAGCAGUACGGCAGUCUGAUCCCCAUCCACGUGGACGACAUCGUGGAGAAGCUGCAGGACAUCUUCAGUGAGAGCUUCUCUCAGCCACACAGGAAAGCAGUGGUUCAGCACCUAAUACAGUCCUUCCAGCGCUCGUCAGGAUCAGCCCUGGCUAAAACAUUCAGGGUCAACUACAAACGCCACGUCCUGACGAUGGACGACCUGGGUACUCUCUACGGACAGAACUGGCUCAACGACCAGAUUAUGAACAUGUAUGGAGACCUGGUCAUGGACUCUGUGCCGGAGAGGGUUCACUUUUUCAACAGCUUCUUUUAUGAUAAGCUACGGACAAAAGGCUAUGAAGGAGUCAAGCGGUGGACAAAAAAUGUCGACAUCUUCCAGAAGGAUCUGUUGUUGAUCCCGAUCCACCUAGAGGUUCACUGGUCUCUGGUCAGUGUGGACAUUCCUCGUCGAGCCAUCACUUACUUUGACUCUCAGCGGACCCUCAACAGACGCUGCCCAAAGCACAUUUUUAAGUACCUUCAAGCAGAGGCCAUCAAAAAAGACCAACAGGACUUUCUGACGGGAUGGAAAGGCUUUUUUAAAAUGAAUGUGGGUCGUCAGAACAACGACAGUGACUGUGGGGCUUUUGUGCUGCAGUACUGCAAGUGUCUGGCACUAGGGCAGCCGUUCAGCUUCGGCCAGCAAGACAUGCCCCGGCUGAGGAGGCAAAUGUACAAAGAACUCUGUCACUGCAAACUCAUCCUGUGACCAACCACCCCGACCCGAGCCCCCCUCCCCCCCUCCCCAUCUUCCACCUGCUCCCGCCCCUAACCCCAGCAAGAUGGAGGGACAAUGAUAUAACAAGAAGAGGACACGGGGAGCAAAUGAGUGACUGGAAAAAGAGAAACUUUUCAAAAACUUUAUUUUUCUCUGCCAAUAUCCAGAGAAACUACUUCUACUGUAGGUGAUGUCAUUGUUUUGCUUUGUUUUGUCUCUCUUUGCUUCCCUCUCUCCACCCUUUGACAACUCUGAUUUAAUGUCCAGGUUAUUCCUUUGUGGUUGACAGAGGCCAAGACUAGCUUCAUGUGCUAAUCUUCCAUCCUGUUGUAGUCCAUGUGUGUUUUUCAGUCUGAAUGGACGCAUGAAAAAGAUCUGAGAUAUCUAAAGAACCAGUCCAGAUGAAGGACUGGACCACAGUUUGUCCAGCGUGACUUAUAACUUUAAGAUGCCUGAGUGGUGAGUGCAGAGGCAGCAGAAUGAUUUGAACCAGUGUGUGUGAGCCUUCAUCCAUCCGGUCCAUACAGGAAGUCAUGUUCAUUCCAAAAAAAAAAGUCAAAAGUGUGAAACUCUCAUUCGACAUCUUUGGAAAAAACAAGGAGAUUCAUUGAAACACACUCCCCCAUGCUACAGCCAAUGUUAUGUUGACAAUGCUCUCUCUCUAGUCACCACAUAAUGUUUGCCACUGUAGUGCGACGUGACAUUUCCAGUGUAUAAUAUCUGUUUGACAGUCUCCUACCAGACAUUUAGAUGGAUUUAAACCGAUGCUGAGAAAAGGAACUUUGGUGCGUAGUUGAUGCUGCAGCGUGUGACGAGCUGUUCUGAGGGGGAAAUCAGAAUUUACAACAUCCAUGGAACACACCACACACUGACAC